AGUACACAUUUCUUUACGGUAAGUGUCCAGUAGUAGCAGGCAUGGAGACUGCAGCAGCAGCAGACGCAAGCGAUGGCGCUUCAUGUGAAAGUGAUCAAUGUAAAGAAGAUGGAGAUACACCGAGGCAGAGUUCAUCUAACGAACAGAACACAGAACCGAAACCGGUGUGUCUCAUAGUUUUAGGCAUGGCAGGGUCAGGAAAAACAACUUUUGUGCAGAGGCUCACAGUUUACCUGCACUCCAAGAAAAGUCCUCCAUAUGUUAUCAAUCUAGAUCCUGCAGUUCAUGAGGUCCCUUUUCCAGCCAACAUUGAUAUCAGAGACACUGUCAAUUACAAGGAAGUCAUGAAACAAUAUGGUUUAGGUCCAAAUGGAGGAAUCGUCACAUCUCUCAAUCUGUUUUCAACACGAUUUGAUCAGGUCAUGAAGUUUAUUGAGAAAAAGCAAAGUAACCACCAAUAUGUUUUGAUUGACACUCCUGGGCAAAUAGAGGUGUUCACAUGGUCUGCAUCUGGAACCAUCAUAACUGAAGCACUGGCCUCUUCUUUUCCCUGUGUGGUUAUUUAUGUGAUGGACACAUCUCGAAGUGUAAAUCCGGUCACCUUUAUGUCCAACAUGCUCUACGCCUGCAGCAUUCUCUACAAGACCAAGCUACCUUUCAUAGUCGUCAUGAACAAGACCGACAUCAUUGAUCACAGUUUUGCGGUGGAGUGGAUGCAGGACUUUGAGGUGUUUCAGGACGCUUUGAAUCAGGAGACGUCCUACGUUAGUAACCUGACCCGCUCUAUGAGUCUCGUUCUUGAUGAGUUCUACACCAACCUGAGGGUUGUCGGAGUGUCUGCAGUCACGGGUUCUGGGCUUGAUGAACUGUUUGUACAGGUUGCAGAUGCUGCUAAAGAGUAUGAAACAGAGUAUCGUCCUGAAUAUGAACGUCUGCACAGAGAGUUGGCUGAAGCUCAGAGUCAGAAACAACAGGAGCAGUUGGAACGCCUUCGGAAGGACAUGGGAGCAGUUCCCAUGGAAACUGCAGUUCCUACUGAUGCCCCAGAUCUUGGUGGGCCCAGUGACCUCAUCUUUACCCGCGGCAACCCUGAUGAAGCCGAGGAAGACAUAGACAGCGAUACCGAUGAUAUCGAUCACACAGUCAUAGAAGAAAGCAAAGAGGCCGGCGCUUUCAAAAGCUUUCUGAAGGAGAGAAGAGAAAUAGUGCAAGUGCGCAACAGGAAGUCUAAGUGAUGGCAGGAAAUGAUCAUUAUGUAUGUGUACUGUUGCCCAGAACACUUGAGUUUAACCCCUGAACAUUGACCUUUCCACUUUCAAAGACAUAAGUUGUUAAU